CGUUGCCUUACGUUUCUCGUUCUGCAUUCUUGUGAAUUUAGUGUCACAUUGGAUUCGAGUGCAACUGGAGGCACUAACGUCUGUUGUUCUUUCUGUUCAUCUCUUCGAAAUUUGUGGAUUUUUCGGUUUUCGACUUUUUGUGGCGUUAUUUGGUGACGUGUACGUGUGUGUGUGUGUAAUGGUUGUUGAAAAGCAGUUUAUUGAGAGAAAAAGUUAUGAAGCAGCUGGACCAGGAAUUCGGUCAGGAUCGCGCGAUCGAAAUUGAGACGGAUGAUGAAGAAAACGAAGCUCAAAGGUUUUGUGAUGAGAACGAUUCUGAAUCUGAUACUUGCGCCUCCCGUGGAUGUUCGAAUGAAUGUCUCGCCGGUGAUUCUCAACCUCCUUGGCCUCAAAGUUACAGGCGGUCGAUGGACAUGUAUACAAGUAUGGCACCUCCACCUCUCAGCUACCUUAAAAGCAAUUCUUUUGUGGCUUCAGCGGACAAGGGAUCGCCGAGAUCAGGUCCUGAAUCUUUGUUUCAGCCCCUUGUACCAUCAACAUAUUCGGAUGAGGAAGAUGUGCCUCCCUCCAUACUUCCCGUAAGCCUGUCUGGCACUUCUCAGUCAAGAACUUCUGUUAGUGAACUGCCCUCAUCUGAGCUGUGUUCAUAUGCGCAGUCAGUUCUUAAUGCCACAAAUGUUCUGUCUGGCAUUGGAAUCCUAUCCACGCCUUAUGCGCUUAAAGAGGGCGGGUGGCUCAGCAUCCUGCUUCUCUUUAUAUUAGGAGCUAUUACAUGUUACACUGGGAUCCUGUUAAAAAGAUGUUUAGACAGCUCUUCUCUACUCCAAACGUAUCCAGAUAUUGGACAGGCGGCGUUUGGCUUUGGUGGUCGAAUAUGCAUUUCUGCCAUCCUGUACAUAGAGUUAUACUCUACAUGUGUGGAAUAUUUGAUCAUGAUGAGCGACAACCUGUCUGCCAAUUCCCCGAAUCUUCAUAUGGAUGUUGCUGGAUUGCAUUUGGACUCUUAUCAAAUCUGUGCAGUUAUUUCCACUCUUGUUAUUCUUCCAACUGUUUGGCUCCGAAAUCUUGGCUUGCUUUCAUACAUUUCAGUUGGCGGAAUUGCGACUUUGAUCCUUGUAGCGUUUUGCUUGUUAUGGGUUGGAGUGACUUCUGAAGUUGGAUUCCAUGCAAGUGGAAAAGCAUUGAACCUCACGAGGUUACCCAUCGCAGUUGGCAUAUUCAGCUUCUGCUAUGGUAGCCAUUCAGUAUUUCCGAAUAUAUAUUCCUCCAUGAAAGAGCCUUCUAAAUUUCCUUCAGUUUUGAUCAUCAGCUUUUUAGCGGCUGGCUUACUAUAUGCGGGCGUUGCAGUAUGUGGACUUCUGAUGUUUGGUGAAGACACAGACACUCAAUUCACACUAAAUCUGCCCGAGAAUUUGAUCGCCUCUAAGGUUGCUGCAUGGGCUGUGGUCAUUAUCCCUGUAACGAAGUUCGGGUUUACAAUCACCCCUGUUGCACUAGGCCUGGAAGAACUACUUCCAGCAGCUAAACAUGGAUCAUAUUUCGCAAACUUGCUCAUCAGAACAUGUUUGGUUGUUUCAACCUUGCUUGUGGCAUUGACAGUUCCAUAUUUCGGGUCUGUGAUGGCCUUGAUAGGAUCCUUUCUGGUGAUGGUCAUGCAGUCUAUAAUCCUACCAUGUGCUUGUUACAUGAGAUUAGUCCAAGAAAGACAUGGUAAACUCCAGGUACACAUUUCUAUCCAUUUCUUUGUAGAUUCUUUUUCUCUAUUAGACAAAGUUGUCAUUUUUAAAACUUUCCCUGAUUUAAUCCUCAGAUUGCGACUUGCUCCCUGUUAAUUUUUGUGGGAAUAAUCUGUGCAAUAGUUGGCACAUAUUCAGCAGUCUCUAGCAUGAGUGGUAGAUAGCAGGAUCUUAGUCGAAAAGGUAACAGAAAAAAAAAAAUCAAUAUUACAAUACACACCAAUGUUUUGUUUAGCCAAUUUCAAUAUUGUAAAGAAAUGAUUUCCCAUUUUCAUUGAUUAGCUGAGGCAUGAAUUGGGCACAAAUUGUUCCUGAUAGGACCACCCCACCCCACCCCACCCCACCACCCCACAGCACAGGCAAUUAUGUGUUCAUUCUGUACUCAAACCAAACACGUGCCUAGGCACGUGCACCGUAUGCACACCAGAUUCUGGCUAAAUGUAUUGUACGAGUCGAGUCCUGUGUUGAAUACAUCGAUCUUUUCAUUUAA